CGGUCUUCGGCUUCACGUCUUCCUAAAAAGAAAGCUUAGCGUGAACCAGAGCUUCCAAAGCAUCCUCUUGGAUCGAUCUAGGGCUAGGGUUUCUGGGCAAGCAAUGGAUGUGAUAAAAACGCAGCAGAUCUCCGCUCGGCCGAUCGAGAAGGUGAUUGUGCAUCCUCUGGUGCUCCUCAGCAUCGUCGACAACUAUAAUCGCGUCGCACUUGACACCCGCAAGCGCGUCAUCGGCGUUCUCCUCGGCACUUCCUUCAAAGGCACCGUCGAUGUUACCAAUAGCUAUGCCGUGCCUUUUGAGGAGGAUGACAAAGAUCCGAGCAUUUGGUUUCUUGACCAUAACUAUCAUGAAUCUAUGUUUUCUAUGUUCAAGCGAAUUAAUGCCAAGGAGCAUGUUGUUGGGUGGUAUAGCACUGGACCAAAACUCAAGGAAAAUGAUUUGGAUGUUCAUGCAUUGUUCCACGAUUAUGUUCCUAAUCCUGUCUUGGUCAUUAUUGAUGUCCAACCCAAGGAGUUGGGAAUACCUACUAAAGCGUACUACGCAAUAGAAGAGGUCAAAGAAAAUGCUACUCAGAAAAGUCAGAGGGUGUUUGUGCAUGUCCCUUCAGAGAUUGCAGCACAUGAAGUUGAAGAGAUUGGGGUGGAACAUUUACUGAGGGAUGUCAAAGAUACAACUAUUAGCACUCUUGCAACAGAGGUCACCAGCAAACUUGCUGCCUUGAAGGGGCUGGAUGCAAGACUACGUGAGAUCCGUGGUUAUCUUGAUCUUGUAGUUGAUGGAAAGCUUCCUCUAAAUCAUGAAAUUUUGUACCAUUUGCAGGAUGUAUUUAAUCUACUUCCAAACCUUAAUGUGAAUGAGCUAAUCAAGGCCUUUUCAGUGAAAACCAAUGACAUGAUGUUGGUUAUCUACCUAUCGUCUCUCAUCCGGAGUGUCAUUGCACUUCACAAUCUGAUAAACAACAAAGUCCUAAAUAAGGAACAUGAGAAAGCUGAAGAUGCCAAAUCAGCAGCUGUACCGGCUACAGCCGGGAGCUAGGAUCAUUUGGACUCCGGCUUGGCAUCAGCAUCAGCAUCAUCUUUGCACCAGAGGACUUUGAACUAAUGUCUCUUAGGUUUCUCCUGCCAAAUGACCUUUUUGUAUACAUUAUUCAAAGCAUACGGCUUAGUGACAUUCCAGUGGAUCUUUACAAUCAUAUACUGUUGUUUAAACUGCACCUGAUUUCUUUCUAGCAGUCAUUCAAGUUGUUUUGUUCGGUAGUAUUUGUUUACUCAAUCAGGCAUCAAUUCAUUCCUGGAAUGCUGGAGGUGAUUUAAUUCAUCCAUAAGUUUGGCUCUUGCACUGGUUAAUUGUUUACAAAGUACUGUCUUA